AACGCUACAGUAGUAAACUCCCUUUGUAUUCACGUUGGUAGCGUCCUUUGUUACACAUACUAAACUGUGUAACGAUUGAAACAAUAGCUUUUGUUUUACACAGUUGACCAAUCACAUCACAUUUCGACAAGGUGAGCUCCAAAUCUUAGUGUUUAUAAACUGUGAAAAUUAUUAUCAUCUUCAUUAGCCACUUUGAGCUUUGGAAACAACAGACAAAUAUACAUUUUUGAAAAAGUUGUAGAAUAUGGCAGGAGUAUUGAGUAAUAUGAACUGGGUUGCCUCGCCAGACUCCACCGUUCAUGAAGCUGUUCCAGAUAGUGUUUCUGUUAAACUGGUGGAGCCUCAGUAUUCUGAUGAUGUUGAAUGUGUUACAAAGGGAAUACAAAUAAUUGAAUCACCGACCGAAACACCGAAAGUCAAUAAGCGAAAACGUCCACGACCAGACUACAUGCGGCGUAUCAAGUCUCCGUUUUCUUACAUCGAGAUGAUAACCUUUGCCAUUGUGUCCAAUCCCAAUACUAUGAUGACGCUACAGAACAUUAUAAAUUUCAUGCCGAAAGCUUUUUGUUGCCUUCGUGGGGGUUAUGAAGGAUGGAAGAACAGUGUGCGUCAUACUUUGAGUAUCAACGAUUGUUUCCAAAAAGUUUUGCGUCGUCCAGAUAGGCCUUCAGGAAAGGACAACUUUUGGAUUAUGAAUGUAGAUUGUAAACAUUGUAGGUCGUCAGGAAUGGAGAACGAUUGGAAGUACUUAAAACUACGUUAUCAGCAAUAUGUACAGGAAUUUAUGGUUGAUUCAUCAGGCGUGAAAAUUAAAUCUCCACCCAAUGUAAGAUUUGACAACAAUCAAAAGACAAGAUCACCUCAAGCUGCAGUGAGUCCCGUGAGUUUUGUUUAUCAUCAAGUUGAAUACCCACGUCAUAUGCUAAUGCCUUAUGAGAACUCUGUGCAUGCGGUGAACCAAUCAAAAAUUCAGUCAGUCUCGUAUCCAAUGGAUCUUUCUACUAAAUCUCAUGACAGUCGAAAACGACAAUCUUUGGAUGAUGAACCACUUGAUCUAAGCGUGAAAAGACAGAAAACUUCACCAUCGACUUCUGCAACAACCGGACAAUAUGAGUUUAUUCAGGGAAGUUCGCUAAACGGAUCUUGUUCGCCUGACAGUUGCAGUCCACAAUUGGUAUCACACAACAAAUGUAGAACUUCAUUUCCAGAACAAUUUAGCAGCAAGCUUCACUGCCCUCUCAAUGCUAACAGAACCAGGAUCCUGAACAACAUGACUGGACGUAUGCGUGUAUAUGAUCAAGAUAGACGAAUAAGAAUGGUGCAAAAUUUCGCUGGCGCAAGAACACCAAUUUACAUACUGAGCAACAUAAGUGGUCAAGUAUAUUCAGCGGAAGGAUAACCCACACACUGAAUGCAGUAGUAUAUGCCUAACGCAAUAUUUGCCGAUUGUUAACAGUCGAUGCAUUUAUUAUGUUUUAGAUUACGUAUAUGAUUAUAUUAUGAUGUAUUCUACAGAUCAUUUGAUAAACAAAUCUUUAAUCAACUUGUGAAAAUUAUUUAUGUAAAAGUACAUGAGCCAAGUGGUGCAAUGAUAUGACGCAAUACAUCAAAGUGCUACAUGUGUAACUAUUAUUGCUUGCAAUUAAAAUAAUGUAUUAAUAAAAUUAUUUAGAUUUUAUUAGUAGUAGUAUAAAAUACUCCUGAAAUAUGUUAUUGUUGAGUGAUUCUGAAAGUGGACAUUGAUA